UUAACAAUCGUACACUCAUCUUAAUUAAUGUUUAAUUCAAAUUGCAUAAAGCUUAGAAUAGUAAAGGAAAAAGAGCCGAUAGGCGAACUGCAAGCACGCGUUGUUGUUCUGUUCAUGGUAAAGAGCGGUUGUCAAAAUCAGCUGAUGAAAUAUUCCGAUGAUAAGAAGUUUGGGCUUGUGUUCAGUGCUGUGGUAUAAAGUUAAGUUCAAAUUUUAUUAAAAACUCGAGAUAUUUACGUUGAAAAAAGAAAUGUAUGAACCAGAUAAAGAAUUCACACAUGUGUCCAGCGAUAACACACUUACGGCAUUCAUCGAUGAGAGCAAAUCCCGAAUAAGACAAAUUUUUAAACGUCUUGAAUGGAAUUUUCAACCGGAUAUUGCCAGGGACACUGCUUUAGGGAAUCAAAAACAAAAGGACAUAAAACUGGGGAUUGACUUCGAACCGUACUUUCCUCCAAGCUGUGCUUCCGACAAUUUCAGUAUUACCGACGUUGAGGAGUUGCGAAAAGUUUUAGGCGUUCCAGACAGAGAUGUUCCUAAAAGAUUUUCAGACUUGCAAGUAAAUUUUUCACGGACGGAAAAACUAUCUCUAUACGAACAUAUUAUAGCAAACACCAAGAAAUACACAGAGCCAGAAAUAACGGUGCAAUCCCUAGGUGAGGGUUCUUUGACAUUCGCCGAAAUUGUGGCACAAAAGAAACGAGAGACCAAAAAACGUCGUCGGUAUCGGCGAAGUAAGCCAACACAUAUUGAAGAAGUUCGCGCUGUUGUAGAUCUUCAAAUGCAGUCUUUACAGCAAUAUCUCAUAGACAAGGAGUCAGAGAAGCGUAUGAACCAGUUAAUUAUAAAUGAAAAAUAUAAGCCGAGAAGUGAUAGAGAUGGUAAACCCGUACGCGAUAGCGGUGGUAGAAUUCACACACCUGUAAUAAUUCGCAAUAAACACCGAAGCAGAAGUAGAAGCAAAAGCUAUGAACGCCAAAGUCAUAAGAAAAUUAGAUAUAGAAGCCGUAGUAGGAGCGAUCAUCACAGGAGUAAGAAAUCUCGAAGAGAUCUUAGCAGCAGUAAAAGCAGAAAACAUCAAAACAGAAGCAGAAGCCCGAGUGGAAGAAAAAUACAUAAACGGCACAGUAGAAGUCGCAGCCCGCUUCAUCGAAGCAAUACAAAUAGAAAUAAACUACAUUAUCGACAAAGGGAAUAGUAUGGAAAUUAUAAGGUACCCCACCAAGUAGUAGCUGAAUCCGCGGUGACAUGAAAGUAGUUGGCAAAAGACUAUUUGAAAAUUAAAAA